AUGCAGUCGCAAACGGCGAGCGAGCCGGUCGACGACUCCUCAUCUCCCCAUCUUCGAUCCGACUCGUCGACCUCGACAGCCGCUGCAUCCGAUGAGACGUGGCGGGAGUUUGCGUACGAGAACCGCAACACGAUCGCCGCCGUCACCGCGUCCUUCUGCUCGACUGUUGCGGGUUUCCCCUUGGACUCCGUCAAAUCACGAUUACAGGUCAAGCGGUACUCGUCUGUGCUGGACUGCGCCCGGAGAACGUAUGCGGAGGAGGGUAUUCGCGGCUUCUUUCGCGGAGUAACUAUCCCACUCGUCACCAUCACCCUCGUCCGAACCGCCUCCUUCAGCAUCUACACUUGGACGAAGGAUGACCUGCAGCGACGGAACGUUCUGACGGGCGAGACGGUCGGCUCGACUGCAUUGGCGGGCUUCCUGGGAGGUGCAGCCUCUGGCUUGCUGUUGAGCGUAGGGACAACCGCGUUCGAGUACACGAAGAUCAAGCUGCAGCUCGAAUACCUCAUUGCGAUGAAGAAAGGCGUUCCCUACGUUCCUCGCGGCACGAUCAAGGGAUUCCUUGACCUGUACCGCGCAGGAGGCAUCCUCGGUUUGUACACCGGUUUCCGACUGCACGCACUGCGGGACACUCUCGGAACCGGUCUCUACUUCGGCAUGUACGACAGCGCACAGCAUGUCAUCCGAAACAACCCCGACGUCUUUGAGAACGUGCCAACAACGCUGAGCACCUUCAUUUGCGGUUCAGUCGCCGGCGUCUCGAGUUGGGCAGCCAUCUACCCCGUUGACCUCGUCAAGGCGCAUACUCAGCGGAACGCACUCGCCGACUUGGCAUACGAGUCACCCGUCUCAAUCUUUAAGCGGCUAUCGGCAGGUGGAGUGACGAAGCUGUACCGCGGGUUGGGCGUCUCAGCAGGACGAAGCGUCUUCACCCAUGGUCUAAUGUGGACGAUUCUGGAGAAGACCCGAAGCGCAAUAGCUCGAAAAGCAGGUCCCGAAGACGUCGACGCAAGAAUAGAGUAG